AUUUUGUUUAAAUUCGUAUAAUAAACAGUUUCUUUUGAAAUCAUGACGACCGAUAAUAACUUUCUUACCAUUGAUGUUGUAAGCCAUGGAGAGACAUUUCAUUUAGAAGGACAUCCAUGUUCUUUGUCCGCAUUUUCCCAUGUUCCUAAAUCUCGAAAUUUACCAAGGGAAAGAACCUACUUUAAUUCUCCAGAAAAGUCACACGGAAAAACUUGUGUUUAUGAUUUAGUCUUUUCAAAAGAAGAUGAUUUCAAUCCAAAACUGCAUCGAGAUGACCGUAGACAUGAUAAACAUUGUGGGUUAAACAUAUAUGAAGAGGAGAAAUCCAAAGCAGUACCAUCGCUUUCUUCAUCAAUCUAUGGCCAUCGAUUGAAUAAAAAUAUUGAAAUUAGUGAUCGUAAACAUGCACGAAUUAUGCUAGUUGAAAGUGAAUUCUAUCGUCGUAAUGGAAUUGAUCUAUAGAGAGUAAAUUCGCAAAACAAAUAUAUAUUAUAAAAAAAAUCCUAUAUUUUCUUAAACUCUAUUAUUAUUUAUUAGUUGAGAAACAAGCAGAUGUAUACAACUCAGUGUCUUACAGUCGCUCAUACACACACACACACGCACACACUACCACUCACUGUGUGUUUAUCUGUG